AUGGCGCAAUCGGACGAGGAAGAUGACUAUAUGAAUAUGGUGUUCGACGAUGCGCCAAAGGGGCCAAAGUAUGAAACUUCCCUUCAACGCGCCGCGCGCAAGCGCAAAGAGGGCGAGGCUAGAGCGCGACAGAAGACCAAGGCAGAAAAACAGGAAGAAGCCGAAGUUGCACGAGAAGCUGCCCUCGCUACCGCCCUGCCUGAGACCAACAAAGGAUUCAAGAUGAUGGCCAAAUUUGGAUUCAAGCAAGGCGAUGCUCUAGGCAAAUCCGAAGAUGCACGUAAAGAGCCUAUACGAGUCAAUCCCAAGGACGAUAGAGGAGGCAUUGGUCUUGAGUCGGAGAAGAAGCGCAAGUUCAGGGAGCAGUUCGAAGAGGCAGACCGACUGGCAAAACGCGCAAAGGAAGAGGAGGGUGACUAUCUCGAGAUAUUGCGCCAAGAACAGAAGGAGAAGAAGGCUGAACGGGACUUGGACAACGCACAGAGGACAGCCGAGCGCUUGUCUGAUAAGAAGGCUGAAGGAGAAGGCGCGACAGACCCGAGCGAGAAACCGCUCAAGGACAUUAACGUUCUUUGGCGUGUUCGUGCGCGGCGAAGGGUUGAGAGCAAGCGCGACAAGCAACAACGCCGAGAACUGAACAACAGCAUUUCGUCACGACUACCCACGCUAGCCCCCGAUGACGAUGACGACGAUUCAAAAAUAGCACAAGGCCGAGACCUUGCGCCAUUCUACACUACACUUGAAAACGAGCUCGAAGAUGAAGAUCCAGAACUGGCAGAAUUCGAGGCCUUGCCCGUGACAGAGCGCCUACAGAAGCUCUUGGUAUUUCUUCGCCAAGAGUACCGUUACUGUCUCUACUGUGGUUACGAAUACCCAGACGCAGAAAUGGAGGGAUGUCCCGGAGUUACUGAAGAGGAGCACGAUUGA